CGCGCUUCCUCCUAUAUACUUUCCUUGCUGGCAACACAGAAUCAACAUGUGUUUUGUGUUUAGGCACAAAGUUGUAUGUAUUGUUCACAGAGCUCAAAUAUGGAUUUUUUGUCCUACUGCAAGAGUUUACCCAAAAUUGAAUUACAUGCCCACCUGACAGGAUCCCUGAGUGAUGAGACUGUCCUCAGACUCUUAGAAGCCAAACGGAAGGAAGGGGCAGUCAACCUACCUGAGUCCGCUGAGCUCACAAUUCAGAGGGGACACAACCGUACACUGGAAGAGUGUUUCAAAUUAUUUGGUAUUUUACACUGCUUGACAGACAACUUAGAAGCAGUUAAGAAAAUAACAAGAGAUGUUAUAAGAGAAUUUGUGUCUGAUAAUGUCAGGUACUUAGAGCUGAGAACUACACCCAAAUUCAUCCCUGAUAAAAUGACCAAGAAGGAUUAUAUAGACACUGUGCUAGACACUAUGAUAGAGGAAAUGAAAACCAACAACAUCAUAGUGCGCUUACUCUUAUCUAUAGACCGUUCUCGUGGUGUAGAUGAUGCCCGGAAUACAGUGCAAUUAGCUAAAGAUUACACCACUCACGAGAUAUACAAGACCUUGAUAUGUGGUAUAGAUGUCAGUGGUAAUCCUCAAAGUGGAAAAUUAACUGACUACAUCUGUGUCUUGGAGGAAGCAAAGAAAUGUGGCUUCAGACUGGCUGUUCAUUUGGCAGAGAUACCAAGUGAAGAAGAAACUCUUGCUGUGCUGAAAGCUAAUAUUGUGGACCGAAUAGGACAUGGAACAUUCAUUCACCUUGCUAGUGGUGGAUCACAGGAGCUGCUAGACCUUGUCAAGCAUUACCAGAUACCUUUGGAGGUUUGUGUUUCUUCAAAUGUGAAAUCUGGAACAGUGAAAAAUGUGCAAGACCACCAUUUAGGUCUGUGGAGAAAGGAAGAUCAUCCAUUAGUUAUUUGUACAGAUGACAAGGGCAUAUUUUCCACUUCCUUAAGUGAAGAAUAUUGUAUAUGUGCGGAGACUUUUGAUCUGUCUAAGAGUGACCUGAUUAAGAUGUGCAUUAGUGCUGUUGAAUCUACUUUCCUCUCCCAUCAUGAAAAACAUCAACUCCGACUGUCUAUACAAGAUGAACUAAACAGCCUCAAAGGGGCAAACAACUCUUUUAGUGGCACUGAUUGAUAAAGAUGGC